AGAGUGGCUGUGAUUCUCUUGCUCUUCUCUCAAUAUAUAAGCAAUUCGCGAUCAGUGACUGAAUAUAAAGCGAAGCAGAAAUUAAUUCGGUAUCGUUUCUGUGCUGCGUCUCUUUGGAGAAGGACUAAGGAAGAAGCUAUUUGAAGUUAUUCUGAAAAAUGAAAAAUAAACCGAUAUUAUUUGGACUUUUCUUCGCGCUACUCCACGCAACGAGCACGAAGGGGGCUGACCCUGAUGAUGGGUCUUUAACAAUUAAUGUGGACGCGGGAAAGGAUACAGACAGUUUUUUAAGUUUGGCCGAAGCAAUCGAAGGAAAGCAAAGUCUAAUAGAUGACCAGCUUGCCAAAAGUACAGCUGUUGCCACACCUCAGAAACGCUCAGCAGAACUUGCUUGUGAAAAAAUAACUAAUGAUUUGCGAUCGAUUGGAGAGAGCACAUUUGAUGACUUACCCUACUCCGUCCUCGGCCUUUAUUCUGAUAACCAAUCUAAAUUUUGCAGAGGCGCUUUGAUUGACAAACGUUUUAUAAUAAUGGGAGCAAGUUGCGUAUCAACUCACAAUGUUGAGGGAGUAUCAUUCGACUUCGAUUUAGAAUCGAAGAAAAUAAAGGCAGUUCACAUACAUCCCGAUUUCUCUUCAGAAACACCUUCCCUUAACAAUAUUGCCUUGAUUGAACUGGAGAGUGAUGUGGCUUACACUUCCAAAUGGUAUCCAGUGUGCUUAUAUACAUCUCAAGUGAAUUCAGAGCGUUAUUUUAUGGGAUUAAAUGGGGGAAUUCAGAUUGUAGCAGACACUGAAUGUUUUAAUAAGACCGGUACUCACCUGAAGCCUUUGAAAUAUCAUCGCAUUUUGUCUGGUAGAUCAAUAUUCGUUGUUCAAGAAAAUUUUCCCAAACGCAAAUUGUUCGGACGUAUAGCAACGGAUUCUGUCAAUGUUGAAUCUUUUGUGAUAACAAAAGUGUUUGAUCACUUGGACUUUAUAGAAAGCAUUGUAUGGCCGAAGAGUGGCAAUUGAAUUUCGAAUGUAGUAAUUUUCAAUAAUCAAAUAUACAAAUAAAGUUAAACCGCUUAUUCAACAUAUUUACGAAUAUGUAAAA